AUGACUUAUGGGUCACUGACAAUGAGGAGCAUAACCCCUACGCAGUCAGGGAGGAGCUCGCCGACCACCACCUCAGCCCCUAUGGAGAGUGCUGUGGAGAUUUAUGCCGCCAGCUUCAAGCCAUUGCAGAGGACAGAAGAAGAGACUGGGAAACCCCCAAGCCCCUUGUACCAUACAUCUGGUGGACCCUUGGAGAAUACGGAGAAGAGCCACAACUGGCCAACUUCUUCUUCGACAACCCAGUCCAUUCAGAGUGGGACGUAUUAUACAGAAGGUUCCAGGAUUUCGCCAGAGGAAUACGAAAUUGGAACUGUGCACUCACCCAAAGAGGAGGUGCCCAUGUACUGGAGAGACAAGAAUACCCCAUACUACUGCGACCUGAAGACCAGCCCCUCUAUUUCUGGCCUAGAAAUACUGAAACCCAUCGCUGGAACUGCCUCUUCCCAUGGGAACAUGCCCACCUCACUGGCUUCCGCUACUGGCUCCAGGAACCUGAUACUGAGCCAUCCACACCCUACCCCAGAUCAACCCCUGAACCCUGCAAUGAUGAAGGUGGCGACUGAAAUGGAAUGGUUAGAGCUUCUGGAAUGGCAGGGAAGGUCCCUGGCCAAUGAGGGGUCAUGGCUCAUCUCUGAAGCCACCAAAUUUAUGUACCAAACACAGCUGCCGAGUAUAGUUUGA